UUGCGGACUUCCAAUGGAUGCCCCUUCCCCGGUCCGGUCGAUUGCCAAAACCGCAUUGCAAUGUGCUCAUGACACAAUUGCGGGAUUACUUGCACACUGCAGUACCAACUCCGUUGAUGGACGCCGGAGUAGAGGUUGUCGACCUUCACGCCUACAUUGGGAAGAUCGACCGUGAGUUCAAGACGCAACGGUACGACGACAUCGACACACCAUUGUUAUAUGUAAGCAUUCAGAUCGGAGAGGCGACUUGCAACGCUUUGAUCCAUUGCGGAGCAUCUCGCAACUACAUGAGCCAGGACUUCAUGGUACGCGCCGGCCUUAGCCCCCGUAUCCAAAGGAAGUCCCAACCAACGCAAGUCACUCUGGCAGACGGUCACAUGCACAAGUCAAUAGACCGGUGCAUUGACGACGUCCCCGUGUACUUUACCUCGCACACGAGCGAGGCGGUGUCCUUCGAUAUUUUGGACACCAAAUUCGACAUGAUCUUGGGCAUGUCAUGGCUGCGAAGCGAGGAUCACCCGGUGAACUUCUACCGCCGCACCGUUCACGUUUGUGAUCGGAAUGGAGUACCAGUCCCAUGCACGGUAGCUCCUCCUCACCCUUCAAUCACUUGUCACGUGGUGUCCGCCGCAAGCAUGCGAGCUUCUAUCAACAGAGACGACAUCGAGGAGAUGGGGGUGUGUUUUCUCCAUGCCCUCCCGCCCCAUGACGCUUCAUCGACGGACUCAUCUUCGAACCCACGCAUCACCGAGCUUCUCGACGCCUACGGCGAUGUGUUUGAAGGCCCGCACGAAGUAGUAUCGGAUCGGCCCAUCCGCCACGAGAUCAUCCUCGAGGACGGGGCCGUACUUCCACGGGGUUGCAUCUACCGAAUGAGCGAGGAAGAGUUAAGUGUGCUACGGACACAACUCGACGACCUUCUAGAGAAAGGCUGGAUACGGUCUAGCUCAUCGCCGUACGGUGCUCAUGUUCUCUUCGCCCGGAAGAAGAACAAAGAUUUGCGGUUGUGCAUCGAUUAUCGCAAGCUCAACGCGCAGACGAUCAGAAACGCCGACCCUCUCCUAUGCAUCGAUGACCUUCUCGAACGACUGGGCGACGCCAAGUUCUUCUCCAAGUUGGACCUCAAGUCAGGAUAUCACCACCUUGAGAUUCCGAAGGAGGACCGCUACAAGACCGCGUUUAAGACGCGAUAUGGGCAUUUCAAAUGGCUGGUUAUGCCAUUUGGCCUUACGAAUGCCCCGACCACUUUCCAAGCGGCUAUGACAACGGAGUUCCGACACAUGCUGGAUCGAUUCGUACUUAUCUACCUCGACGACAUCUUGGUGUACAACCGGAGUUUGGACGAGCAUGGAGAACACAUGCGCACCGUUUUUGAGCGGCUACGACAAACCAAGUACAAAGCCAACCGCGACAAAUGCGAAUUCGCGCGGUUCACAUGGGUUACUGACAAUAACCCAUUGACUUACUACAAGACGCAGGAAACGGUGAGCAGCACGAUCGGACGAUGGAUGUACUUCAUCGACCAAUUCGACUUCACACCGAAACAUCUUCCCGGCCUCUCCAAUCGCACAACAGAUGCACUCUCGCAAAGACCUGAUCUUUGCGCUAUGACACAUCAUGCCUUCGCAUUCGACGAGGAACUUCAGCGACACUUCAUCCGGGGAUAUGAGUCGGAUCCGGACUUCGCCACAUUGUAUGCGCAGUUAUCUUCGAAUCACCUGCCGACCAGCCACUAUCGCAUUGCCGAUGGGUACUUGCUCCUCCACUCAGAGGCAAGGACUUAUUGUGUGUCCCACGAGACCGUCGUCUUCGGACUCGCCUUCUCGACGAGUACCAUGACCCGCGACUCGCCGGCCAUUUCGGAGUCAACCGCACCAUUGCACGGCUUCGACAACGAUUCCGAUGGCCCGACCUCAUUACCGAUGUCACUCGGUAUGGCGACUCUUGCGAAGUUUGCCGACGAAGCAAGCCCCGCAAUCGCAACCCCUACGGCGAGUUGCGCCCGAUGCCUAUCCCACGGGAACCCGGCCUCUCCAUUUCCAUGGAUGUCACCGGACCAUUUCCUCGCGAUCGCCUGGUCUGUCCUGCAAGGCCGGGGUCAGUGGUUUGCAGGAUGACACAUGACUCAAGAAAGGAAAAAAACCCCGAAAAACAGUAAGGACUUCUAUCGGACCAGAAAAACAAAGUAAAACAGUUUCCGCGUG